AUGGCUGAAUAUAGUGCUAAUGGUUUCUUUUACUUCCUUGUUGCGAUAGUUUUACUGUCAAUGGCAGCGAUUUCCUCAGACGCACUCUCGACAACUUUCUAUGAUACGGCUUGUCCGGAGGCUCUUCCAGCCAUUAAGAAAGUAGUUGCUGAUGCGGUGAAUCGUGAGGGUCGUAUGGGUGGUUCUUUGCUUCGACUUCAUUUCCAUGACUGUUUUGUCAAUGGUUGUGACGGAUCUGUUCUUCUUGAUAGCACCUCAACCAUAGAUGGCGAGAAGACUGCACUAGCCAAUAACAAUUCAAUAAGAGGAUUUGAAGUGGUCGACAAAAUCAAGUCAGAGGUGGACAGAGUCUGUGGUGCCCAAGUUGUCUCUUGUGCCGAUAUCUUGGCCGUGGCUGCUCGCGACUCUGUUGUCCAGUUAGGAGGACAGACAUGGAACGUAGAACUCGGCCGAAGAGAUUCAACCACAGCGAGCAGAACCGACGCCGACAAUGCCUUACCAGCCCCUUUCAUGGACCUUCCAGCUCUCAAAACCAACUUCGAAAACGCAGGUUUAGAUGAAACAGAUCUAGUUGCAUUAUCGGGUGGACAUGCAAUAGGGCUCUCUCAGUGUACCAAGUUCAAAGAUCGAAUCUACAAUGAUUCAAACAUCGACACAUCAUUUGCUACGAACCUAAAAUCAACGUGCCCUUCCUCCGGCGGUGACACCAGACUUUCUCCACUAGAUCCCACACCCACCGGAUUUGAUACACAGUACUUUAGAAAUUUGGUGAAGCAAAGAGGAUUACUACACUCAGAUCAGGCUUUGUUUAACGGCGUAUCAACUGAUGCAUUGGUCAGGAAAUAUAGUACUAAUGCUGGUGCAUUUGCAGCUGAUUUCGGAAAGUCUAUGGUUAAAAUGGGAAGAAAUAAGCCGUUGGAGGGAGAUUCAGGACAAAUUCGUUUGAACUGUAGGAGGAUUAAUUAA